GCCAGUGUCUGUGAUUGUAAUUGGUGACAAAGUUGCAGGUACUGCUAACAGUACACUGUUAAUACGAGGAAAAGCUAAAUAUUAGAAGUUGAUGAAAGUCAAUAUGUAACUUUUUCCCAUGCGAAUUCGACUUACAGACCCCUUAGGGCGCACGGACCACAGGUUAAGGUCCCCUUGAAGGGGCAAGAGUUUGGGAGAAGCGCCAGUGUGGGUUUUCAGUCCCGGGAGGUGAGUCGAGGGGUAGGCAUGCAUGGGCGCUCAGAAAAGGGAAGGCAGAGGCGCCUCUCCGGCUGGGCCUGCGGAGGGGUGACCCACACGCCCCUCCCCUCGCUUCCUUGGCCUGGUUUCACGCGACUAGAGGAAGUUAAAGACCCGCGUGGCUGAAGAGGAGCUCACAGUUCCCAGCGUCUGCUCCGGCGGUGUCCAGCGCCCAGAAUGCGGCUUCUGGUCCUGCUAUGGGGUUGCCUGGUGCUCCCAGGUUAUGAAGCCCUGGAGGGCCCGAAGGAAAUCAGUGGGUUCGAAGGGGACACUGUGUCCCUGCGGUGCACCUAUAGGGAAGAGCUGAGGGACCACCGGAAGUACUGGUGCAGGAAGGGUGGGCUCCUCUUCCCUCGCUGCUCUGGCACCAUCUAUGCGGGAAAAGAAGGCCAGGAGACGACGGAGGGCAGGGUGUCCAUCUAUGACAGCCGCCAGGAGCUCUCGCUAAUUGUGACACUGUGGAACCUCACCCUACAAGACGCUGGGAAGUACUGGUGUGGGAUCGAAAAACGGGGCCCCGAUGAGUCUUUACUGAUAUCUCUGUUCGUCUUUCCAGGACCCUGCUGUCCUCCCUCCCCUUCUCCCACCUUCCAGCUUCUGGCUACAACCCGCCUGCAGCCCAAGGCAAAAACUCAGCAAACCCAGCCCCCAGGACUGAGGAGCUCCCGCCCCCCGAAGCAGCUGGACUCCACCUCAGCAGAGGAUGCCAGUCCAGCUCUCAGCAGCGGCAGCUCUAAGCCCAGGGUGUCCAUCCCAAUGGUCCGCAUACUGGCCCCAGUCCUGGUACUGCUGAGCCUUCUGUCAGCCGCAGUCCUGAUCGCCUUCAGCAACCACCUGCUCCUGUGGAGAAAGGAAGCUCAACAGGCCACGGAGACACAGAGGAACGAGAAGGUCUACCUCUCACACUUGAUGAAGAAAUACAGGCUCGGCUUUGCAGACGCUGCCGCCGAGGAAAGUCCUGUACUACUAGCCAUGGUCAACCCUACCAUGUUCUUUGACAUUGCCGUCGACGGCGAGCCCUUGGGCCGCGUCUCCUUCGAGCUGUUUGCAGACAAGGUUCCAAAGACAGCAGAAAAUUUUCGUGCUCUGAGCACUGGAGAGAAAGGAUUUGGUUAUAAGGGUUCCUGCUUUCACAGAAUUAUUCCAGGGUUUAUGUGUCAGGGUGGUGACUUCACACGCCAUAAUGGCACUGGUGGCAAGUCCAUCUAUGGGGAGAAAUUUGAAGAUGAGAACUUCAUCCUGAAGCAUACAGGUCCUGGUAUCUUGUCCAUGGCAAAUGCUGGACCCAACACAAAUGGUUCCCAGUUUUUCAUCUGCACUGCCAAGACUGAGUGGUUGGAUGGCAAGCAUGUGGUCUUUGGAGUGAAAGAAGGCAUGAAUAUUGUGGAGGCCAUGGAGCGCUUUGGGUCCAGGAAUGGCAAGACCAGCAAGAAGAUCACCACUGCUGACUGUGGACAACUCGAAUAAGUUUGAGUUGUGUUUUAUCUUAACCACCAGACCAUUCCUUCUGUAGCUCAGGAGAGCACCCCUCCACCCCAUUUGCUCGCAGUAUCCUAGGAUCUUUGUGCUCUCGCUGCAGUUCCCUUUGGGUUCCAUGUUUUCCUUGUUCUCUCCCAUGCCUAGCUGGAUUGCAGAAUUAAGUUUAUGUUUAUGAAAUAAAAACUAAGUAACAAAAAAAGAAAAGAAAAGAAAAGAAA